CUCAGCCAGCUCCUCUUGUCAUUAUUGUGUCGUUCAUGGCGUCUGUUGGCGAGCUAAAGAGGGGUCGCCUUCUUGUAAGUAGAUAGGCCAGAUCAUUUAAUGGUUUUCUGCAUUGACCGUCCUAGUCUAUCACUGACAUGAUGGAUUGCGUUAGUAUGGAGGAUGAAAAGCAUUUGGCAAUGCUGAAGUUUGAAGCGGCUGUCAAAGUGAUCAAAAGUUUACCUCCAGACGGUUCUUUUCAGCCUUCCAAUGACAUGAUGCUGAAAUUCUACAGUUACUACAAGCAAGCCACACUAGGCCCAUGUAACAUUCCCCGUCCUGGGUUCUGGGAUGCUGUUGGCAAAGCCAAAUGGGAUGCCUGGAAUUCUCUUGGAGAUAUGUCAAAGGAAGAAGCAAUGGCCGCCUAUGUGGAAGAAAUGAAGCUGAUCCUGGAGGGCAUGCCCAUCACAGACGAGGUGGAGGAGUUUCUGCGGAUUAUUGGCCCAUUUUACGAACUGGUGGAUGAGAAGAAAACGAUCACUCAAAUAUCGGACCUGAGCACAGGGUUUGGAUCAUUGAUGAUAGAAAAGCCUUCAAAGAGUUUCACAAAAAGUAUCAUCAGGACCAUGGAAAUGAAUGGCACUCUGGAGAGCCGGCCUACCAGGGUCAAACCAAAGGAUAAGCCUCUUGAACUGAAAGAGAAAGAGGAGGAAGUGCUAGAAGAGGAUGAUGAUGAGGAAGAUGAUGAUAAUGAAGAUGAGGAAGAGGUAGUGAUAACAGAGGUCAAAAAAGACAAGAAAGCAGUAUCCUCACUGCCAAAGAAAAAAGGAACAGCAAGAAGAUCCAAAGUGCCCCUGUCAAAUGGUAAAGUAGCCAAUGGAGUCACCCAUCUGACCAAUGAGACUCACUCCAAGGCGGCCCUGAACCAUGAUGGCCCUCCGGGGGGUACAGUCAGCUCCUCAGAGUCUCAGCUCAAUGGGCAUCAUAUAGAUCCUAGUGGAGACAUGGUUACUUCCCAUCACUUGGCCAGCGACUCGGACAGUGAAGUCUACUGUGACUCUGUGGACCAGUUUGGCCAGGAAGAGAGCUCAGAGCAUAACCACUCUAUGGAUGACCUGGAGGAAGAGGAAAGUCAACUCCCACUGCCCCCUCUGGGAGAGCCACAGUUAACAUCCGAGACCCAGGAGGAUCUCCAGGGUCCGCCAGAGGGCAUCCGUUUUGGGGGGGAGGAUAGCAAAACAGGUGGCGCCAUCUCUCAGAAGCAGAGACUGAAUACAGACAUGCCAGACGGUUCUGUGGUCAGAAGAGGAAGAGGUAAGACCUCAAGCUCCAGAUCUUCGAGCGUCGGCUCUGGGGCCCAACAGUCCAUGCAAGGUUGCGGAGAUGGCGAUGGGGAUGGGCAGCCCCGGGGAAGAGCCGCAAGGACACCAGGAGGGAACCUAAACGAGCAAAUUGUGGUGGCUUUGGCCAGACUUCAGGAAGACAUGCAGAGUGUUCUGGAGAGAUUGCACACUCUGGAGGCUCUUACUGCUACCCAGGCAAGAUCAAUGGCUCUUUCCCCAACAUAUGCACCGCUCCCAACAAACAAGAGCAGUAAGAAACCAAGCUGGUGGCCUCUCGAUGUUUCUCCCAGUACUCUGGCCUUUGUUGUGAUAUGGCCAUUUGUAGUGCAGUGGAUCAUUCGCCUGUGUCUUCAGCGAAGGAGAAGGCGAAUGAACUGAAACUGCUUUACCUGAGAAGAGUCGUCUCAAUCUCUACGGUUGGGUAGCUAAUGGAUGUAACUCCCUUAUGCUUAAACCCACGUCUCAGUAAUUAGCUUUUGCACUAUGACUUUGGCACUAAGUAGUGAGUGAGUGGAAGAAAGCUCCCAAGUCUGAUAAUGAUGGAAAACCGAAGAAAAAUGUAUGGAAUCACAGACUAAGGCUAUUUGUUUUUUGUUUUUUUUCGUAAUAGAUUACUUCAGAGGGAAAACCUUUAGUUGGAAAAUUUUAUAGAUGUUAAUAGAAUAACUACAGAAACUUUCUGUAUUGUCCACAAAUAAGAGUUUUGGUGCACCUAAAUUGGCCCUUAAUAUAUUUUUUCGUUGAAGCAUUAUGCUUCGCACGGUUGAAAAUUGUCACAGCCAUUCACUUUCAUUAGUUGCUCAGGCAAUGCUGCUAUAAUGUUGUCAUAUAACUGUAGUUUUAAAAAGAUUGAAUGUAUUAACAUAUUGUUUGACACUUUACAUUUUUUUUAAAAUCUAAUAUUUUGUUGCUUUUUAGCAACAAGUAGAAAGAUGUUUUUCUGAUCAGACUAUAACUGCGGUUUAUGUUUUAAGCGACAGCUAAAUGUUUUGCUAUAGGUUAAAGAAAGUUCCUGUUAAGUUCGUAUCACUUAGCAUAAUACAUAUCAAUCCAGAUUUUACUUUGAGAUGAUGUUGAGUCAAUUUCUAUCUCAUCACUGUUUCCAAAUGGAAAAGUGCCUAAAGAUGACAAGGUACACUCGUAGGUGGCAUUACGGUUGGGUGCAGUUCAGCAAAUAUCUACCGGUAUUGUAGCAUGUGCUCCAAAAUUGGACCAAAUUCAAAGAGAAAUCCCACUAACCAGUGAGCAAUGAGUCGAAGGUACAAGUCUGUCUUGACUGUCAGAACUUAUCUCUAUCCCAUUGGCUUUGACCACACGGAGCCUUAUUGUCACCAAAUAGUGAUUUAAUUAAAACAUUAACUUGUCUGUAGAGAUCGCGUUAACUCUGUAUUUCAUGUUUGUUUUGUAUGUUAUCUAAUUUAAAUGUUUUAAUGUAGUGAAAUAAUUGUAUAUGAGGACAUUGUGAAACUUUGAAUCAGGUUUUGUCUGAAUGGUAGUCCUGUAUGGCUUUCUUUGUUUGUCCAAAUAUUAGAAAUGAUCUUAAACCUGUUAUGUAAAUUGUGUACAAUAGCUAUACAGGUCAGAAAAUUGUUAAACUGCAAUAUUUUAAUUGCAGUCCCUGUAUUAAUAUAGAAUAUAAUGUAUAUCAUAUUUAACAAGAGGUUUGCAUCUGCAAUAGCACUGAUAAUCCUGCCAGAGCCAUUAUGUUUUAUUGAAUAAUAGUUACCUUUCUACUGAAAUGGACUAAGGCUUUCUCAACCAUUCUGCUUUUGAGCAGAGUGAUGUUUGCAUGUAAUUGAUCAUGUAAGCCGCGAAUAAAGUUUUCAUAAACCAUUUUGAUUUGCCUGGUAUUCAUUCGCCAAAUGCCCCUUACUUCAUCCAUAAUAAUGAAUUAUUCAAAGUAAUCCCUCUCCUAGUCUCCAACCUGUAACCUUGGAGGCGUAUCAGGCUAUUAAA